ACGCAUCUGACAGCAGCGUCCACAACAUAAAGCGCAUGUUUGCUCUGUAUGAUUGAUCUAAAGCACCUGAAAACCUCACCUGCGUUUAGACUGAGUGCACUUGCAAUGGUUUGUUGUGGCCGCUUUCACUAACAGUGUUGGAUCGUGCCCAGCCUCUGUUGUCUACACCAGCCUCCUAAAGGCUCAAGAUGCUGCGAGAGAGCUCCAAGGCGUGGAGUAAUGGCUCAGAGGCCUACAGCAGUGAUCCGGAAGAGGAGGAGGAGGAGGAAGAGGACAUGGUGUUUGGGGAGAACGAUGAGGACGGCAUGGCGGAGGAAAUGAUGGAUCUGAGCGACCUUCCUACAGCCCUCUUCGCAUGCAGUGUCCAUGAAGCCGUGUUCGAGGAGGACAUGCACCGGGAGAGGUUUGAGGCGUUGUUUAGGAUCUACGAUGAACAGACGUCCUUCCAGAUGUUCAAAAGCUUCCGGAGAGUCCGGAUCAGCUUCAGCACCCCAGAGGCCGCAGCCCGCGCUCGCAUCGAGCUGCACGAAUCCGAGUUCAACGGCAAGAAGCUCAAACUUUAUUUUGCCCAGGUCCAGAACGGCGGCGAGGACAUCGACAAGUCGUACUUGGCCCCUCCCCAGCCUGUCAAACAGUUUCUGAUCUCGCCGCCUGCCUCCCCACCUGUGGGAUGGAGCCAGAGUGAAGAUGCCACACCCGUCAUCAACUACGACCUGCUGUGUGCAGUGGCCAAGCUGGGACCCGGUGAGAAGUACGAGCUGCACGCGGGGACAGAGUCCACCCCCAGCGUGGUCGUCCACGUCUGCGAGAGCGAGACAGAGGAGGACGAGGCGGCGCGGCCCAAGCAGAAGAUUGUCCAGACCAGACGUCCCGACGGGCCCCCCAAAGUCUUCAACUAGAGAGGCCCCUCCCCCCCGCGCGGCCCCCGACCGCCCCUUUACCCGCAACACACCUGCCCUCUCUCUCUUGUCUCUGCACUCACAGAGAGCGUCGAUGCCCCUCAUUUCAGUUCAACUACAAGCAAAACAAACCAACAAACAUUGCUCGAGACGGUGUUUGUGGGGAGCGUGGCGAUGGAAUGAGGUGGCUUGAAGGGGAUGGAUGAGAAUCACACACACACUCAUCACAUUCUGCGGACGGUGUGGGGAGCGGCAGGCGUCCCUGCCGCCACCCCACCAACCCCCCUCGUUUUCAGCAAGAGGGGUAGAAAUACCUGUCCCAACGCAGGCACCUGUCACCUAUCAUACACACUCAGCUCUCAUCGCUAGUCCUGCUCGGUAGUUAGUUAGCUCGUUAGCUUAUUAGUCUUACCUCUCCUUCCGUCUUGUGUGUACAGUAAUCUUCGGUUGAGGACAUACAAUACCUCAAAGAAAGACUUUUUUUUCCUUUUUUUUAAUGAAUUGUGUUUUUCAGGUUAUGUAUGUCUCUUUUAUGAUUGUUUUUCUCUUUUUUUUUUCAUUUGUUUUCAUAUCUGCUGGUUUGUUGCUUCAGCUUGCUCAGCAUCAGGAUUGACUGUGUGAUGUUCCCGCUCUUGUCUGCAUGUAUAUACUGUGUUACAAAAAAUACUUACAGAAACACAAAUACUAACAAGCUAUAUCAAGAAAAAGGAACCUAUUUAACAUCACACACAGCACGGAGCGCCAUAUGUAACCAACAAAAGUCGUGGUGGUUGUUUGACUUGUUAUUUUUUUGCUCUUUUUCGCUUUUGUCCUUUUUUUUAUUUUAUUUGGAGAGGUGUUGUUUUCUGCUGAACUACUAGAUGUGUAUUCUUAAUAUGUAUUUGAUACCCCAAACAAGUUUUUGCAUGCUUAGUUACUUCUGUAGUUGAGGAGCUGAGGUGUUUUAUAUUGUUGUUUGUGAUGACAGGGAAAUGGUAUGACGCUUUUUUGACGCAAAUGCAUAUCCCCACGCCGAGUUUUGAAGUGACAACUUAGGAAAAGAGGCUUGAAUGGGUUUUGUAAGAUUGACAGUUCUUUUCGAGUUGAUGGCGAAUUUGCAUCAGCAGCUUUUGUUGGGAUUUGAAAGAUCUGAGACAGUUCAUCCCCCUCAUCUUCUUAAAGGGGUUUGGGAUGAUGUUUCUUCUUCUUUUUUUUUUUUGGUCUUUUUUUCUGAUGAUGUUUGAUUUCAUUCACAUCUUUAAUGUCUUGGUUGUGUUGUUUUAUCAACCCACUUUCUAUGUGUCUGGUUUUCCUCGGGAAGCCGACUACUGCUUGUUUUGCACUGAGUAUCUCUCGAUAUCUCCAAGCGAUGACGGGGCUCUCUGCCGUCUCCUGUUGCGCAGUAGGAAAAUGUGCUGCUUCUUGGUGUAAAUAGCUGAGUAGUACAUCAGUGGAAAUAGUCCAUAAUAGAUUUUGUAGUUUACCUGAGAGCAUUUUUGCUGCGAAAAGGGAAAAAAAAAUUAGACAGCCUCAUGAGAUAUCAACCAAAGCACUCACUCACCUCACCUCAAAAAAAAAAAAGUGAAAUCACGUUGAUUUUUUUCUUACUUAACGACACUGACGCAUAUUGUUAAACUGAGCAGAGAGAAAUCGAGCAUAGUUUCCCCACAUAAUGUCAUUUUUUUGAUUUUGCAGUAUGAUUUUGGAACACAUACCCUCCUGCCUGAAAAAUUACUUACAUUGUAAGCUGCUCUACAAUGACCCUCACUGUAACAUUUGUUUUUUUUUUUUUUUAAUUUUCCCCACAAUCCUGUGUUAAAGCAGUGCGGAUCACCUGGUCAUUUUUCAUAGAGGUAAUCCAGUGUUUGAGAAGUAGUGUGACCGAGUGUCAGGAACAGGGCUUUUGGAUCUCAGCGGUGAGUCUAAACCAUUUUUGUCGUAGACAGCAUGAAAUCUAAAGACUUUUUUGCUAUAACAAUAUUAGUAAGCAAAAGACAAGUCUGUCUGCAUGUGAGCACUUUAUCGUCAGUGUUUUGUUUCCUGCACAUAAAAAAAAAAAAAACAGUCUUGCUUGAGAUAAUAAGGUAGGAAGCACAUUGUAUUACUUUUUCUACUUCUUUCUUUCAUUGUUUCUUUUGUUCUCAAGCUGAACACCUGGUUAGCCUUCUCACCAGCAUAUUGCAGUGAGUGAAACACUCGAAUCGUCUCAUGUCCACUUCCUUUUGCUAGUGUGUACCUUGGAGACUUUCAGGCCUUUUGGAUUUAUGGCGGUGUACUAUUGACAAGGUGUAGACAGGUUUGGGAGGGAAAAAAAUAAAUAAGGACACAGAGUAUUUUAAGAUGGGACGUGGAACGAAAUCAGUGUCUUUGUUACCAUGUUUGUCCUUGAGACACAAUCACGUUAUUUUCUGGGAAAGGGAAACGUUUAUUUUCCAAACGCACCACAUGGGCAGAGUGCACUUUUAAACACUCUAUUUAUUAUAGCGGAUCGGUUAAAGUGGAAAGAGCAAGAGGCAGAGGAGGAGGAGGACAAGGAGGAAGAAGCGUUAAAUGAAGAUUUUUUUUCAUCGCCUGUGGUCAUGGUAUUUGAAACUGGGUGCAGUCGGUCACAGUUGAAGAGAAGAUGUAUAUUUAUGUACAUAUGCCAAGUGUUUUUUGUUGCUGAGGCCAGUCCCAGUGUGCGGUUUGUUACGGCUUCUGUUUAUGUUGUAAAAACAAAACAAAACAAAAAAAAAAUACAAAAAAAUACAAAAUUGUACAAGUCCUGAAGUUGCUCGAUCAAAACCAACUCUCAUUGUGUCGUGUUGAACAUGGACUCUGUUUGAAUGUUUUCUUCUUUUGGGGGAAAGUCUACUAAAAGGUCAAUAAUACCGUUUGUCACUGUUGUACUGUUUCUGUUGAAAUAUGAAUAUUGUGUCUUGUACUGUAGAAAUCCAGAAAACAAAGUAGCAAAACAAGCAAUAAUUUACAGUUCUAUAAUACCAGUAUGUGUAUUUUCAUGUUCUGUACUUAUUUCUCAGAGAUGGUCUCUGUCUCUUAACAGUAUCCGCUUCUAUUUGUGUAGUACAAUAGUCAUUUGUUUCACAUAGAGAAAUACAUAAAGAAUUAUUCUUAAAAACCA